GAUGGUGGUCUGGUCGGCGGACCCCGUUCCCCGUUCCCCGUUCCGGCCUUCAUCCCGUCCAAGGCUUACCACGUCCCGCCUCCGUCUCCGCCUCAUACCUAUACCUUAGUCAUAUACAGCAAAGGCCAUGUCCAUGUCCGACUCCCAUGAGAGCCCCAACCUCGAGGAUCUUACUCCUGAGGAGGCCAACCGCAUCAUCCAUUCCCACCGCAAGGUUCGAUAUGGUACCGCCUGCUGGCCCUGCAGACAGAGAAAAGUAAAGUGUGACAACAAAAGUCCAUGUGAAAACUGUGUCAAGCGGGAACACCCACAGCUCUGUUCCUACAAACCCAACAAGUCAGCAUCCGGCAAACCGUCAUCGAUUCCGCCUGAUCUCUCUCACUCCAAGAAGAGGCCGCACUCGCCAGACGCUCAAGAAGGCCGGAGCUUGAGCCAUGAGGCCCGUGAAUCAAUAAGAACAUACGCCGUGGAGAUCACCCGUUAUGUUGGCCAGAAUAGCAUUCCAGCUCUUCUAAGGGAACAAACCGCAACCGAUGAACCACAAGACGUAAACUAUAUACGCCAAGACAUGCGUUCCCUACUGGGGCUCGAUAACUCGGCCCCCUUUCCGCUCAUGUCCUCCCGCCACUUGGACAGGCUAACGUCCGAUAUCUCUUCCGAACUGCCUUCCGACCGGGAGGUCAUGAAACUUUUCCGAACCUACAAGGAAAUACCCCAACCAUUCUGGGGCUUCGUUAUCGACAUUGACGACCUCGAGUCCCGGUUAAUGAUCUAUCUCGAAGAUAGAGCAAAGAACGCCAGGGCCGCUACAAAGACAACAAAGCCUGUUUCUGCAUCAUGGCUCGCCAUCCUCUUCGCCGUCCUCGCAGUCGGCUCCCAGUACCACGAAACCCCAUACCAUAUCCGAACCCGAGAUGCGCAAAAAUACAUACAAAUCUCUUUCCACUUUCUCAGGCUCGGUAACUUUUUGUUAAGGCCGAAUCUUGACUCGAUACAGGCCCUGCUGAUGACAAGCUUCGUAUUACUCAAUGACAUGAAAGCGGAAGCUUCCUGGGCUUUGCUUGGACUUACAUGUCGAUUGGCACAGUCUCUUGGCCUCCACCGUCCACAGAUUCUGGACGGCCGUCAGUCGCCCGAAAUUGUGAAGAAGGAGAUGUCUAGGAGGAAGCUUUGGUGGACUUGCCUCUGGCACGAUACACUCACAUCAUUAUCCUUUGACCGAUAUCCAAUGACACAUAUUGCCUGCUGUCCUAUUCCCCUUUCAUCGACCGCCGAGACAGAUGGGUGGUCUUAUCUCGAGGCCAUGUACCACCUCUGUCAAAUCAUCUCGGACCGCCUAAACCCCGACGCAGCAGCCACCGCCACCUACACGCAAAUCCUGACCAACUGCGCAGACGUAGAAAGCAUACGAGACAAGCUCCAUCCACAGCUGCGCACCAAAGACGCCUGCAAAUCCGCCAUGGACCGCCUCCAGCACUACGCCAUCAAACUCCACACCUCCUUCGUCGUCUCCGUCUGCUGCCGGCCCGCCCUCCAGCGCGAAAACAGCCAGCUCGAAAAGUCCCAAAAGAAGUACCUGGCCGACAAAUGCAAAGAGAACCUAACCGAAACAGUCCGCAUGUUCCUCGCCAUGCACCAGCUCUCCGUGAUUCCCACGCGCUCCUGGGCUUUUACUUAUCACGGCCUGUCGUCGGCCGUUUUGCUGGGUAUCCUCGGCGAGACCAAAGCCGACCCGGAAGUGCGCCAGCUCCAGGGUGAUUUGAUUUCGGCCCUGUCCGCCACGGCUGCUAAAGAACAAACCUCGCCGCAACCGCACAUCCCUCGGUCUGAUCACGAUAUUGAGCUCUCAGGCCCACUGUCGCGCGCGUUGACGGCGCUGAAGAAUAUUUAUGAUCAUGGAUCGGUGGUGGGACCAACGGGGAUCAAGCGCGAGGGAAGCAUUUCCGGGCCGGCGUCGGGGACGAGGACGCCACUGCAGAUUAACCAGCUUGCGGGGUUCCCUAAUGGGUAUCCGUUGUAUGGUCUCGGACAGGAUCAGCAAGGGAGAGGAGGAGGAGCAGGAGGGAUGCAGCAGCAGAUGGGAGCGACAGGACCUCUGGAUCCGCAUCAGAGUGCGGCGUUGGCGAUGGCGGAGAUGCAGCAGCAGAAUGGGGGACAGCAGAUUGGGGCGGGGGCGGAGUAUCAGGGAGGGGUACCGUUCAACAUGCCACCUCUCCAACAACCGGGUGCCGCCGGCGCCGGCCCGGGCCCGGGUGGUGUAAUGCCGCAGGAUAUGUCGCAGUUUGAUCCGGCUACUUAUAUGUCGCCGAUGGAUCUUUAUGAUUCCAUUUUCUGGGAAUCCCCCGACCCCUUCAACACCGGCGUAGACACGAUGAAUUUCGACUUUUUAGCCCAUCCACCACCUGGCCAGCCACCUCAGCAGCAGUUUUAUUUUUGAUUUGAGGGCGUUAUGCUAGUCGCCGGUGGUUUGUUGGUGUCGACCUUUGCGAGAUCUCGGAAGUCGGAGAUGGAACGGGAUCGCCCGAGGAAGGGGUUCGGUGCUUGGCAAA